UGAUUCAAUAUUCACUAGUAUUCAGUGUUUGAUAGGUUAUGUUAUAGUAUUCUAUUAUUUCUAUUCCGAAAAUUACAUAUUAUUUAUCGUAUAAUACAAGUUUUGGAAAGAAAAAAAAUCAUAAUGGAGCUCCUGGUUGCGGAUGUAUCACAUAUCAAAUUCGAUAUAGAAGUAGCUUUACAAGAACAGUUCGGAGCUUUAGCUUUACCUUUUGCUGGAAUGGAUAAAUCAACUGCAGCGGUUUGUCAGUUUUAUGCUACAACCAUGAAUUGCUCCAAGGGACCUCAGUGCCCAUUUCGACACGUUCGUGGUGACAGAACUAUUGUUUGCAAACAUUGGCUUCGAGGAUUAUGCAAAAAAGGGGAUCAAUGUGAAUUUUUACAUGAAUAUGAUAUGACCAAAAUGCCUGAAUGUUAUUUUUACUCCAGGUUCAAUGCUUGCCAUAAUAAGGAAUGCCCAUUUUUACACAUAGAUCCUGAAAGCAAAAUCAAGGAUUGUCCAUGGUACGAUAGAGGAUUUUGCCGGCAUGGACCUCAUUGUCGACAUCGACACGUGCGAAGGGUACUUUGUACGAAUUAUUUAACUGGAUUUUGUCCUGAUGGUUCUAGCUGUAAAUAUAUGCAUCCUCGCUUCGAAUUGCCAGCACCUCCUGACCAAAACACCAAAGAUCAGAAAAAGUUGCCAAUCAUAAUUUGUCAUUUUUGUGGAGAACAUGGUCACAAAGCUAUCAAUUGUCUAAAGAUUAAUCCCAAUAAUAGAGAAGUUGCACAAGAAGAAUCGAAUUUAAUCAAACCCCCUAUUCAGAACAACCACCAAGAAAAAUUCGAUCCACAGAAUCAUUUCUUGCAGAAAAUGUUUCCAAAAAAAUUGGAAGAUGUUACUUGCUAUAAAUGUGGUAGUAAGGGGCACUAUGCAAAUAGGUGUCCUAAAGGACAUUUGGCUUUCUUAUCUAGUCAAACAAAAGAAAAAGAAAAUGAUCCUGAGCAAUGACCCCAAUUUUGGAUUUAGAUAGGUUUUCAACGAUAACAGUUAAACCCCCAUGUUUUUUCCUUCAAGUCAUGGUAGAGUGUGUACAUAGUCCAUCAAUUUUCGGCAGAGCUUCUUUGAUUUUGUGGCAUUAGUAAUACUUUUAGGAAUAUUGUUAUAAAUUUGUACACUUCCAUACGCUGGUGAGUUCUGAGCCUUUAGAGUCCUCUGGAGUAUUCAUUUCUUAAGUUUGAUGUAUUUCUAACAUUGUAGUUGUGAUUGUACAUAAAUUUAGUCUGCUCAAAUAUUUAAAUUUUUUCGAUGUUCCAAAUUUGUGUUUCCUCAAGCCACCAACAAAAGGACUUUUUUUUAUUUAAAAAUUAUGUUAAUAAUAUAUCUUGACUAAGGUUUCUAUUAAAAUAUAAUAUAGAUAUUUUGUUAAAAA